UGCUCAUCCAUAUCCUCAAGCUCUCAUCCAGCGACUCGCCCUUUCUCUCCCUCACCUGCCGUUCUACCUCCCGGUGGAAAAUUCCGGCGCGCAGAUCUACCCACACCGCCGGCGAUUCUGCUUGCGGCUCCCGGAGUGGCGGCUCAUUCAGCACCAUAAUGUCGGAUGAGGCAAGCUGUGUGGCGGACACGGAGGAUGACAAACAUCAAACCGAUAGCGAAGAGUCUGCACACAGUGCUGAACGACCAUUGCUGCAAUCACCCACAUCACGGCUAUCUGUCAAGCACGUCGUGGAGGUCAUGCAAAGUUUCGAUGAGUACAAGUGAUAUCUUGUUAAGAGCAUUGGGUUUGGCGGAAUGCUUGAUCUCCAACUGCAUCAGAAAUUAAAUCUCAAAUUCAGUGCAUGGACAAUGAGCAAAGUUAGCACCCACCGACGGGCCAUUGUACUGGCUGAGAACAAAAUACUGAAGUUUUUGCCAGAAGAUGUUCACAAAAUUUUUGGUAUCCCAUGUGGGUACCGGAAUAUCAAGGGUCGUGAUGGCCACAUCAAACCAGAAGCCAUCAAGUUUAUAAAGACUACUUUGGGGAUGGACAAAAAAGGAGUUCACAGUCUGGGUGCAGCUGAAGAUUUCCUUAAGAGGGAUAUUUCUGAAUCAUCAAGCAAGCUCGAGAAGGAUUGCUUCCAAAUUGCCUUCGUUAUUUUUGUCAUGGGUCACGUCCUUGCGCCCAGCACCAAGCAUGAUUAUGGUAGUAUUGAUUUUUGGGGAGCGUUGGUGGACACUGAAAACAUAGGCCAAUUCAAUUGGUGCGAGUACGUGGUUCAAUGCAUGCUUGCUGGUGUUAGGAGGCUCAAGACUGAUAUUAGGUCCGGCAACAUGGCAACCAACCUAGUAGGAUGCCACCUCUUCCUGCAGAUUUUCUUGCUGGACAACCACAAUCUCUUCAUGAUGACUAAGCCGCACUCGGUGCUUCCUAGGGCCAGUGUGUUUGAUCAAGACUCAUUUCGUAAAAUGAUAAUCCAUGCUACUGAUGUUGGGAAGUCUACCUCAUCUUACGCGAGUGCUCCGAUACGAUACUACUCCCUUGUGUGCUAUGCUUGUUCCAAGCAUGGUGAGGUGGAGAAGUCAGACUCUAGGCACACCGCAAAGUCGCCACAGCGGCCAGCUACGUCCUGUGCUGGUAGCUCUGCCAAGUCCAGUCGCAAAGACCUACCCAGCCCAUCUCAUGCACCCCAUUUGAUUCACGAGAUGAUGCCGACCACAAUACGCAUGCUUGGACCUUCUGAUUUCUUGAAUCACCUAAACAGGCAGUACCCUCACCUGGCUAGUGAUGAGAUGACAGUCCUACUGAAGGAGUUAAAUGCUCGUUGUCUAUCACACAUUACAACUACGCGCAGGCAAAUCCAGCUUGAGAUGAUGAGGUUCGCCGACAAGCUGUACGGUGCAAGGACUCGCAUAUGCACUUGCUGUACAACACGUGCACAUGCGGUCCCCCCCCCCCAGAGCUACGUCUGCUACAAAAGAUGGUGGUGUUACUACUCCAGCAACAACUCCUUUUGCGGGCCGCCGCCUGGAGUUAUCGCCAUGUGAAGGGAUUACUUCCACAAGCAAGCAAGCGAAAACUGUGCGUAUCCAUCAAUGCCCAUCUGAACCGAGGAUGGAGUCCGCACUCAGGCACGUCCUGCGAACUCUCAAUUUGUUUGCAAAGCAGAACCUAAAUGGAAUUAGUGAACUAUAUAUCGACCUCCCGAACGAUGCUACAACUGCCAUUUUCGGCCAGAGGAGCAAUGAUCUUCCCGGAUGCAAGUAUGUGUCUCGUCCUGGAUUCCAGACAAACCCCUGGUGUAGAGGAGUUGUCACGUGCCCUCCACAACCUGGUGUAGCUCACCUAAUUCAACAACACUUGUUGAACACUGAUGGAACCGAGCUAGCAGGGAACUUUAUUGUUCACGAGGAACCAAGAUUUAUCAGGAUCAUCGGCUUUGUCAUACCCGAUCAGCUCGCUGGCAAUAACAUAAUUGGUCAUGAAUUGAUGUCAAUUCUUUUUCGGCGGUUUGCUUAGAUCGAUUGUGAUGCCGAAACCGAGAACCCAUUCUUAAGCUGGACGCACCCACUUGAGCCUGAACUCUCAACUAUGGUGUUGUCGGAUUCUGACUUCUUGCACACAGUGUCGAUACAGAAGCAGCUUUCCGUGGAUUCUCUGAAGUAUGAUCUAACAUCCACCCAAAUGUUCAUCACAGCUGUACCACGGCCCGAAGGUUGGAUGGUCAUAAUAUGGGACAUGUAGCUAAGAGUAAUUAAUCUCCUUGAUCCGCUCUACCAAACAAAUGCACUAGCUCCUCCGCAUAUAGACCAAGACGAAGCAGCAGCCUGGAAGCUCCACAGUGCAUUAUUUGCAUGCCUCCAUGAAUUCUAUGCUGGGUGGCCAUCAGUCAAGGAGAACUGGCGAAUGAAGCAUGAACCUAUGACAGAUGUCACAUUUUCACUAUAAGUCAUAUAGAGCCAUGCAUAUCAACUUCAACGUAGCAGUUUACCAAUGCAUCCUUUUGUUUCAGCGCUGAAUCUGGUGUUUGCGCCAUACACAUUGUUCGACAAUUCGACGAGGAGAAGUUGAAGUUACCACUUACUAAGCCCAACAUUUCCAAAACCAAGAACGAUGCCUUGCACGAGUGCUUGAAGCUACAGGGCAACCUCUCCGAGCUCGCCCACAAGGCACUGUGGAAGGCUUUAGCGGGAUCUGAUUCCAACUUUGAUGACUAGGGCGGGUGCGAGACCUGCAUUUCCCUUAUGACAGUCUAAUCAAACCAAGCUCCAUGUGUCGUAGUUUGAUCAAUGGGAUAUCGUAGUUUUCUUUUGGGUUGUAACAUACAUGUGUCAGGUUUUAAUCUAUCACCCUACCCUGCUCGACCAUGUAAUAUACAGAAUGAUGCACAUCAUCUAUUUACACCAAAAACACGUUCAGUUGG